UCGAUGCUCAUGCUGUUGACCACUGGACUGUCUGGUCCUGACUCAAUUAUUUACAGACCGCCGCCAUAAAUCUGGAAUAUUCCUGGGUGCGGUGUUAACAAACCAACCAUCUGCAGGUGUUACUCCGCUGCUAUAUAGGGCCAGGUGUGUGUGAGAAACGACAUCUCGCAGAUCCGAGACAGUGUGAAAAUGAUUGGAAACUCGUGGAGGAUAGCUACGAUCACAGCCCUGUGCAUGUUAUGCAUGCUGCAAGGGGUGUUGUCCGACACGCCCCUCGUAUUCACGGCGUCAUGGCCAACCGGACACAACGGGAAGUUCUGUGUUCCCGUGAAUAGGGAGCUGUACGACUGGCGGGUACACCUCGUGUUCAGUCAACCGGUGACGAAAUUGAUUUUGUUCGAAGCGGAGGUUGUUUCAUCGCUAAACAACGGCAAGGAAUACAUCAUCCAUAACCAGAUCUGGAAUGGCGUCGAACAUACGGGCGACCAGAUAUGUGAAGGGUUUGUCGCAAACACAGACUUCAGUGUUCACAGUCUAUCUGGCCAUGCAUUCCUGGAAGGAAAAAGUGCUUCUAGCUAAACCUUGCCCCUCCGGCGUCUCGGGAACAAGACGUAAAUUGUAAUAAAAACGCAAAUUAUAAUACUUGCAGCAAAUUAUAAUAAACUUGACGUAAAUUGUAAUAAAA